AAAUGCUAUUAUAAGUCUAUAGUGUUAAAAUCCCGCCCAAACACAAACAAACAAACAAGAUUUUAGACCUCAAAAAUUCAAAAACAUUUUUGGAAAUUAUUACACCUUCUUCACUCUCUCUCUCUAUCUCUUUCAACAAACUCCCUCAACUAUUCAAUAAUUAUUUCCUUUAUUUUUUGUCGCAAUGAAAAAAUAUAUAAUUUUGUUUAUUAUUCUCAAUUAAUUAAAAAGCCCCCAACAUUUUCAAACCUCUCAACCCAAAAAAAUCAAAAUUUAAAAUCUCAUCUUCGAUCCAAUCCAAUGGCCAACUCCGAUUCUUCCACUCCUCUUCCAGUCUCCGCUCCACUCUCACCCAAGAAGGAGAACAUUAUUCCGGUUGCGAAAAAGAUCGCGGAACUGAAUGAAUCGAGGUCGGAGCUGCUUACUAGAAUUCAAGGGCUGAAACAGGAUUUGCAAAGUUGGAGAUCAAAAUUGGAUACCCAAGUCAAGGUUUACCGCGAUGAGCUUUCAGAACUGAAGAAAUCACUCAACACUGAAGUGGAUCAACUUCGGACUGAAUUCCAAGAUUUGAGGACUACCCUUCAACAACAACAAGAUGAUGUUACCACUAGUCUUAGAAACUUGGGGGACGUCUCAGGAAAUGUUGAAAAGGCCCAAGAUGCCAAGGAUAAAAAAGAAGAAAAUGAAUUGCCCAAGGAGAAAGACAAAGAAGUUGAGAACUUGACGGUCCCCCCCGCAGUGGAGCAUGCAUGAAUGAACAUGGUUUAUAGCUUCGCCUAGUUACCUUUUAAUUAGAAUUUAGAACAGGCCACGACCUUGUUGUCUUCAAUUUUCAUGACAUGAACUGUUAUCUGGAGCAAAUUAUGUAUAACUUUUCCUGUUAUCUUCAAUUGAAGCAUCUUUUUAUGCA